CUUAAUCGAUACAGUGAACAUCGCACGACAGAUUUUUACACUGCAGGUUACGAUGAGCCUGUUGACGUCACAGCGCUGGAAGAGCUGAUUAUAGCUUUAUUUCCCCAUUCAAAAACGCCAAAUCGAGGCUAGGAACUCAUUCAUAGAUUAUAAGAUUCAAGAUGGCUGUGUACUUCUUGUUCCUGUGUUUAACUGCCGUGUUCGGUGCACCAAAUCCGAAACAAGUCCAAGAAGUAGAACUGCGCAUGCCGCAAGUGCAACCUCAAGAGCCAGACACUUACCUAUGUAAAGCGAUGGAGGUUAAAGAUGCACAUACAUAUCUAACGGGUUUUGUACCCCACGCUGACGCCAUGAUUGCCCAUCACAUCUUGCUGUACGGAUGUUCAGUUCCAGGAGGCGAUGUGGAUGAAGUUUGGAACUGUGGAGAGAUGAACUCACACAGCACCAAGUACAGAUCGGGCAGUGUGUGUGCUGAAGGAAGUAAUAUCAUCUAUGCUUGGGCAAUGGACGCCCCAAAGCUGAAUUUGCCCGAAGAUGUGAGUUUCGAUGUUGGACAAGAUACCCCCAUCAAAUACUUGGUUGUACAAGUUCAUUAUAAGAAUGUUGAUCCAUUCCUGCCUCCUAGUAACCAGCAAGACAGUUCUGGUCUGACGUUGUUGUCAUCAUCAGUACCAACCUCCAGAAAGGCAGGCGUUUACUUGAUGGUGACAGAUGGUGAAAUCCCCAGUCAUUCUAUUGAAUACUUUGAAGUGGCCUGCAGAAUGCCAGAAAAUCCAAACUUGGAAAUUUUUCCAUUCGCCUUUAGGACUCACGCUCAUACUCUCGGCCGUGUCAUUUCUGGCUAUAGAAUCAGGGACACUAUUUGGACAGAGAUAGGUCGACAAGAUCCCAGAUUACCAGAGAUGUUUUACAAUGCAACAACUCCUGGCUUGAACAUUGUCAAAGGAGAUAUUUUGGCUGCUCGCUGCACAAUGGAGAACACUUUGGAGAGAUCUGUGUCUAUUGGGUCUACCCAGAACGAUGAGAUGUGUAACUUCUAUAUGAUGUAUUACGUGGAGAGGUCGAAACUGCUGGAAGUCAACACUUGUUUCUCCCAGGGGCCACCAACCUGGUAUUGGAAGGAUUUCGAAGGUCUCAAUUUGGAAAACCUACCCAAAACAGUAAGUGUAAUACCGGGUACAGAGAAACCUUUGCUUAGGAACGCCACAUACCCAAACGUAGCCAGGGAAACAAAUGGCCGAUUUGAAGACAUCAAUGACUUGGACCCGUCAGUGCGAGACAUCCAGCCAGAUGAGCUUCUGUCAUUAGUUCGACAACUUGAAGAAGAGGACCAGCCAGAGCUGCUGAACACUUGGCGAAGAGAAGAACUGGCUCCAGAAUAUUUAAACGAGGUCUAAGUCCACACAUACUUCAUCAUCACUCAGCAAUGUGCAGAAUCGAAAGCAAACCGAUUAAAAAUAAAUAAAGUGUUAUUUAUCAAAAUAACUUAGGGUCCUUUCGAGCUUCAAGAUACAAGUUAUAAUUUAUCCAAAAUAAAAUGUAUAGUUUAAAAUGAUCAUUAAGAUAUUAAACAUAAAACGAUGGCAGCUGUUUGGUUUAAAAAAUAAAGCUUCCUUCAAAGCAAAAGUGAAUGAUUUUGUAAAAAAAAUUUUUAAUUGUACUAUCUAGUCUUUGUUUUGUGGAAGCAUUAUUAUAUUGUUGUUAAUCAUAACAGUUUUGGACGCUAACCCCCCCCCCCCUCCCCUAGAUCCAGAAAGUUAAACAUGUUGACUCUUGGACUUCAAACGUUAUUGAUAGCUAAUUAUGUUCACGACUUUCAAUGGUGACCAGCUUUUGGGACUGUCUGCUAAUUGUGUUAUACUACCUUAAUGUUUAGGAUUUUAUAUGAGUUGUUGUGAUGAUUACUUAAUGGAAUCGAGGGAGCAUAUUUGUUAUAUUAAAUCUAAAUUAAAAUACAAAAUAUGGUUUGAAAAGGGUAAUAUUUAAAAACAUUGAAAUAAAUAAAAAUUAUUUAAAAGAAAAAGUUCAUGCUAGAUAAAAAUACUACUUAGGCCUAAAGUAUGUAAACAAUACUAAAAAAAGAUGAUUGACGUUAACCCUGAUACUUCUUUCUUGUAAGACUUAGUCAAUUCUGCGUUUAAAAAAUGAGCUUUUUAAUGUUAGCUUCCACAAUGUAAUGAACGUAGAAAGUUAAUGAGAUCUAGAAACUUCAAACUAGAUUAUAUUAUCCCAAACUGUUAUCUCGAAAUAGUGUAUCAUAAUUCAAGUGCUUUAUAAGAUAAACCAAACCAUAACAGAUGUUACCAUACAUUACUAUAUGCUUUAAACAUUUUGCCCAAUCCUGCAAUGAUCAGUUCACUAAUGAAGCGAGCACCAAAAUGGUUUCCGUAUUUCAGUCUAAAUCUCACGUUAAGACAACGUCUCGGUAUCGUAGCUCUUUUUUUUGUUUUACUAUUUUUAAAAAUAAUGUUACAUUUCUUAAAAAAUAUUGUAAUUGAGACGUAAAAUGCCACAGAUACAAGAAAGAACAUAGGCAUAUUAAAUUCAUGAUAUCAGAAUAGUUAAACAUCAAAUACUUUAACUAUUUUGUUAAUAUCUGGUCACUGGCAUGCGUCUAUUUUUUGUCAUUGUGACAAAAGGUGUAAUAAAAUAUUGGAUUCAUUGAAGACAUAUACUGUACAUAAUUAAAUUGAAGACAUACAUGUUAGCGGAAGUUGUAGCUAAUUCUUUUAUUAAAAAAUAUUGAUAUCAAUGACCCCAAUUCUAAAAGAAAAUAAAACCAUAUUAAGAGAUGCAGAGUCAAUGCAGACAGUUAUGUAUCGGAGUCAGAUCCAGCCAGAGUGAUGUAUAGUAUGUCUCUAGUGUGUCACUAGAUAGUUAUUGAUCUCUACUCUUACGAUCCUGAUGGUAGAGAAUUCACAGUCUUCUCUCUUUUACUUUUAUUAGAAUAAAAAAACUUGUGACCUAAAAUAAGUGUGUCACUUGUGUGCUAAGUAUAGAGGUCUUCUAGAGCCUAUAUUAAUUCAUGCUAUUCUGUCAGUACUGUCCGCUCUUACCAAGCUUCUGAAAACCAUAUUUUAUUAUAAAAAAAGGCGACAUAGAUAAUCUCUACGACACUCUUAGCAAACAUCUUGUCUCCUCUGUAUCUAAGUGCGAACGGACCAGACCAAAGAGUCAUUUUGUUAUGUCAUUUUUAAAAUGAACUAUUGUUGUGAUUUUACAAUUUAUGUUUAUUGAUUUGAUUUCACGUGAUGUUCUAGUACGUAUAUCCCUUAUCUCCAAUCCAUGCAGUUAUUUUUGUGGACCACUUUUUUGUGAAUUGUUUUGUGAAAAAAUCUUAUUAAAAAUAUUUUGGUCUUUCAA